UACUUCAUUUUUGGUCUAAUGUGGGUCUGAACACAUCUUCAUUUGCACCAACUGUUCAUGGUUCAACCCUAGACCUUGAUCUAUUGCCUAGCUUGUUUAGUUUUUCAGAUCAUAAAUAAAGACAAAUCAAAAAAAAAAAGCAAGAAAAUAAGAAAUACAAAUUCUUUGAUAUGGAGGUGGCUACUAAGUUGGUGUUGAUCUUUGUGUUUGCUUUUGCUGCUAUUAUUCCAUUGCUAGAAGCAGACACUGGUUACUACAAUGAUGAGGUCUGGCAGAAAAGAAAGGAGGAAGCUAAGAAAAAUAUGAUGGAGUCUUAUAUACCAGACCCUUUACUAGUCGCAGAAGAAUUAGACGCUCAAGUUAACCAGGACGAUGGAAAAAAUGGCACUGUGGUGGACUCUGAUGAUGAUGAUAUGGAAGAUAACAACGAGAAUGAAGGCUUUGUUGAUACCGCAACAAACAGCACUGCUGAUAAUCAUAUUGAUAUGGGGACAGAGAAUAACAACAGCUCCAGGAGGAACCUGAGGCAAGGAAAGACCCUGUAUAAAGGUCCAUGCCACACAACCAACCCAAUUGAUCGUUGUUGGAGGUGCAGACCCAACUGGGACACACGCCGUAAACGUCUUGCAAGAUGUGCCCUUGGUUUCGGCCGCAGAACCACUGGAGGAAAAGCUGGAGAAAUUUACGUGGUCACUGAUUGCACUGACGACAAUGUUUUGGAGCCUAAGGUAGGGACUUUGCGCCAUGCAGUGAUCCAAAAGGAGCCAUUGUGGAUCAUUUUUGCUAAUGAUAUGAACAUUAAGUUGUCAAAAGAGCUUCUCGUGAAUAAUAAUAAGACCAUUGAUGGGCGGGGAGCUAAUGUGCACAUUGCUUAUGGUGCUGGGAUUACCAUUCAAUUUGUGAGUAAUGUCAUCAUUCAUGGACUGCAUAUCCACCAUAUUUGUGCUGCUGACGGUGGCAUGAUUAGGGAUUCCCCUGACCAUUUUGGAAUCAGGACACCGAGUGAUGGGGAUGGCAUUUCCAUCUUUGGAUCCACAAAUAUUUGGAUUGAUCAUGUUUCUAUGUCUAGGUGCCAGGAUGGUCUCAUUGAUGCAAUUCAGGGAUCCACUGCAAUUACCAUUUCAAAUUCCCAUUUUACCCACCACAACGAUGUAAUCUUGUUGGGUGCAAGCGACAGCUUCUCAGGUGAUCAAUUUAUGCAAGUAACAGUUGCAUUCAACCAUUUUGGUCAGGGAUUAGUGCAGAGAAUGCCGAGAUGCAGAUGGGGCUUCUUCCAUGUAGUUAACAAUGACUAUACACACUGGCAGCUGUAUGCCAUUGGUGGUAGCAUGCACCCUACCAUUAUUAGCCAGGGCAACCGCUUUAUUGCCCCAGACAACCUUUAUCUGAAGGAGGUGACCAAGAGGGACUAUGCCACAGAAGCUGAAUGGAGGAACUGGAUAUGGAGAUCAGAAGGUGAUCUAUUUAUGAAUGGAGCCUACUUUGUUCAGUCUGGGCAACCAAAUUUAAAGACGAGGCCAAACGAUGAAUACAUGAUCCAUGCCAUGCCUGGAGCGCGUGCUACUAAAAUGACACGCUAUGCAGGGGCACUGGAUUGCUUCCCUGGCCAAAAAUGUUAAAUUAGUCUCUAUCUAAUCAUCUUGAAAUUGAGGAUCCUGAUGAAGUGAUGGAGAGGGCAUGCAUAUUUACAUGUGCAUGGAGCCUGAAAUGUUGGAAACUAAAUUUAGAUGGAAGAGAGACAUGGGAAGUGGAACAAGUUUUGGAAGUUCAAAAUUUCAUUUGCCCAUUCUUUUCCCCCUUUUUUUAAUUUAAUUUAUUAUGUAUGUAUUAUAUUUUCCUACCUACUUUCAUUUUCUUAUAUUUUUUUAUUUUUUGUAUUUAUUUUGAAAUAUAAUAAUUUAUGUUUUACUUGUAUCUCUCUUGUAAAUACAACAGAUACA